AUGUCCAUUUGUCGGAAAUACAAGUUUUCAACUACUGCUGGUUCAAGGCGUGCCAAGAAAGGCUCAUCAAUUCAAGAAGCACCAGUGUCAAGUAACCAUCUAACAAAAGAUCCUCAGGUCUGCGCCAAAUCAAGCAACUCCACUUUACCAGUUACAACUGCAAGUCAGUUUCCCUCUUCUGGCGAUUCCUCCCAAGUGUCAAAGUUGCAGAACUUAAAAGCUAAUAUUGUUUGUGGCUCAACCCCUGAGCUAAGACGAACAUCAUCCUUUGAUAGAACAUGCGAAGAAAAUGUUGCUGAAUCUGUUACUGAUGAACUUAUGCUGCAAAUGCACUCCUCAAGUGUUACUUCUUCAACAAGUGAGCCCUUUGCCGGUAUUGAGCAGCCAGAUGAAGGUAACAGAAACAAAUCCAAAGAAUCAAAACUAAUUAAGUCUGGUCGCUCCUCUCAUGAAGAGAAAAAGGUGGGCAAGGCACAGGAUGAGAAAAAAUCUAGGCCUCGAAGAAUGAGAGAGUUCCACAAUAUCAAGAUUAGUCAGGUUGAGUUACUUGUUACAUAUGAAGGAUCAAGAUUUGCUGUGAGUGAUUUAAGAUUACUGAUGGAUACAUUCCAUCGUGUUGAAUUUACUGGAACCUGGCGGAGGCUAUUCUCAAGAGUUAAGAAACACAUCAUAUGGGGAGUCCUAAAAUCAGUAACAGGAAUGCAGUGCAAGAAGUUUAAAGAUAAAGCACAUAAUCAAAGGGAAGCUGGUGCUGCUGGUGUCCCCGAUAUUGAUCUUAAUCUCAGUGAUAGUGAUGGUGGUUCAGCCGGAAAAUCCGAGCAGAACCCUUUAUCCUGGCCUAAGCGCCCCCCUGAGGGUGCAGGUGAUGGUUUUGUCACCUCUAUAAAAGGCCUUUUCAAUUCUCAGCGCAGAAAGGCCAGGGCUUUCGUGCUUCGGACAAUGAGGGGUGAAGCAGAAAAUGAGAUACCUGGUGACUGGAGUGAAAGUGAGGCAGAGUUCUCUCCCUUUGCCAGACAACUAACCAUAACAAAAGCCAAGAAGCUCAUUAGACGGCAUACAAAGAAGUUUCGUUCUAGAGGACCAAAAGGUUUAUCUUCUCAACAAAGAAAAUCACUUCCUUCAUCACCAAGAGAGACCACCCCAUUUGAAAGUGAUUCAUCAAGUGAAUCUUCGCCUUAAUUAAGAGGAUUUCCACGAGUAGCUGAACUUGAAGACAUUGAAAGCACGUAUUUUAUGGGAUCCAAAGUGGAUCGGAACAAUCUUCAGUUAUAUACAACAUUCUGCUAUUAUAGCAAUUCCAAUUGAUUAGGAUUUGCUGAGAUCCUUGUCUCCUGCUUAGACAGUAUGAGAUGCCUACAUGUUGUUCCAAAAUAAGAACAGGCAAGAAUUGCGAGAAUAUGCAGAAGUCUACAAUUAUUAACAUUUCAAUGCCUUCUUAGAGCUCUGGAUUCAUCCUGGAAAUAGAGCAAAGGUGAGUCCCUUUAGUUAUAGUCGUUCUUUUCUUCUUUAACCUUGUAUGUAUUUAUAGAUUAUUAUAGCACCCAACACAAACGACAUUAGGACUCGUAAGAGUCCAUAAUUUUUGUAAUCAAUAGUUGCUACUACAUGUACAGUAGACACAGAAUAGAGUUAGAAUAUGUGUUCCCUGAAAAAAGUUUUCUGCACUGUAAUAGUGGAAAUAGAAUAGAAAUGAAAUUCCAACUCUUCAGUCUCA